AUGGCGCCGCACACAACCGAGCACGCGCGUCUUCUCCCCACCAAAGCGUCUCCAAGUCCUCGUCGACCGUACCGCUCCAUCAUCCUCAGCGUCUGUUCCUUCAUCCUCGUGACGGAAUUCUGCGAACGCCUCGCGUACUACGGUCUCUCUGGCUCCUUGCCCAUCUUCUUCCAUCGCAACUUGGGCCUCAGCACAGUGCUCGCGACGGAGCUCAAUUCCACCUUCACGUCACUAUCGUACCUCACGCCGUUGCUGGGGGCGUACGUUGCUGACCGCCACCUCGGUCGGUUCUUGACCAUUGGCGUCUUUUGUGCGCUCUACAUUGCGGGCCUCGCCCUCUGCGUAUUUGCGUCCUUGCCCGCUGUCUCGUCUCGACCGCUCUUUCUUCUCGGCCUCUUUGGGGGCGUGGCACUUGGUGCAGGCGGCAUUAAGCCCAAUGUCGUCGUGCUCGGAGCGGACCAAUUUGACGUGUCGAUUCCUGCGCAACGCGCGGAGAAGGACAGUUUCUUCAAUUGGUUCUACUGGGCCAUUAACAUUGGCGCGACCUUCAGCUACGGCGUGCUCACGAACUUGGCCGUCAAUGGCCUCCCGCCCUACAUCUCGCCUGACUUCGGCUUUUUUGCUUCCUUUGCGAUUCCCUCGGCGGCCUUUAUGCUUGCAGUGGUGGUGUUUUAUGCUGGAAAAGACCGGUACCGGCGCGUGCCGCCUAAAGGUAGUGCCCUGGCCAAGUUUUUCAACAUUUUGAUCCAGGCUGGAGCCCGUUCAAAGCAGGGCAAACUCGUGCUAAGUGGCGGGUUUGCGUUCAUCCCAGGCAUUGUGCUGACGACUGUGUCGUAUUUCAUUCAAAGUGACGCGGGACACCUUGCUAUGGCACUUGCAGGUGCAGGAGCUGUUGCCUAUGGGACGUUUGUCCUCAUUUUCUCUGGAGCGGCUACCAAGUGGCUAGAGCUAGCGAUGCGCACAAAAGGAGGGUCGUUCACAACUCAAGAAGUGCAGGAUGCAGCUCAAGUGAUGCGCUUAGCACCGUACCUCGGGAUUAUCAUUAUUUUCUGGGCGGUCUACGGUCAAAUGAACUCGAACUUUGUUGUCCAGGGCUGUCAAAUGGACCUGCGUGUCAAGGGUCAAGACGACGUACUCAUUUCCUCCGCCAUGCUCAACAUUGUCGAUUCCGGCGUCAUUCUCGUCUUCAUCCCCGUCUUUGAUCGGCUGCUCUAUCCGCUGCUGACAAGAAUGGGCAUUUACCCGUCACUUCUGCGCAAAAUCGGAGCUGGUCUUGUCUUCGCUCUAUUGGCGAUGCUGACAGCAGGCUGGAUGGAGCGUGUUCGCAAGGUCAGUCCCAUGGUUGAAGGCGUUUACUCCAACUGCAGCGCAGCGGGUGAAGCUCUCCCCAUGUCGACAAUCAGUGUGUGGUGGCAGACCCCGCAGUAUGUGCUUGUAGGCUUGGCCGAGAUCCUGACGAGCAUUUCGUCGUACGAUCUGUUUUACUCCGAAGUCCCCGAAUCUAUGAGGAGCGUGUGCCAAGCGCUCAAUCUAUUGACGACGACGCUGGGCUUCAUUGUGGCGGGUGCACUUAAUAGCAUCUUCUCCUUCUGGAUCACAAGCGACCUCAACGACGGCCAUCUCGAGUAUAUUUACUGCUUGAUGGCACUCCUUGUGCUCGUGAUGCUGGUGGCUUUCAUGUUCGUGUCGCAGUCUUUUGAGUAUCACGUGCCUCCACCCGGCCUCGACACCGUAUCUGGUUUCUCUCCUGCGCUCUCACGCGCUGCCCGAGACCUGCGAAAGAAGCUGCAGUUCCAACGCAAUGGCAGAAAGUAA